UGGUCUGGUUGGAAUGAAGAAUCUGCGUCAGCAUUUGUUUGCCUGUUUUGUGACGAGACCACUGUAGCAGUAACAGAACUGCUAGAGCACAUGAAGGAGACACACAGUUUUGACUUGCAUGAACUCAGCACCAAGCUGCAGCUGAACUUUUAUCAGAAAGUGAAAAUCAUUAACUUCAUUCGUAAACAGGUCUACCUCAACAUCUGUUAUGGAUGUCAACAAACAUUUAAUGGUAAAGAAGAACUGCUAGCUCAUCUCAACGAGUUUCCAACUCACAGCCAAAAUCUUCCCGAUGCUGAAGUGUGGGACCAGGAAAUAUACUUUGUCCCGACAUACGAAGACGACGGACUUCUCUGCUGCCUGGAGGAUGAUGUUGAUGACGACACCGCUGAUGGUGCAGCAGGGGACAACACUCUGGUUGCAGCGGUCAUCACAGAGGACAUUCCAAUCCUUGAUACAAUUCUCCUCACAGACAAGAAACUCUGCCAGGACCUUCUGAAAACCUAA